AUGACUGCCAGACUACUAAGAUUCAAGAAGAUCCACUAUUAUUGCAUCCCGCUCAUCGCUCUCGUAGUUUGGUGGGGCAUGCUCAUAGCUAUGUUGGCAUACUGGGGUGCACAAGGAAGACCAAUAUAUGCCUUCAUGAAUGGUGAUACUCAAAGUCUCGUAUACAUCAGUGAUAUUGGGGCUACAAACCUCAAUCCUUUAUUCAUAGCGUGCACUGGGUUUCAAUUAAUCUUUUUCGUUGGAACAUUGGUGAUGGAGUACGUUUUGCGCAGAGCACAUAAACUACAGCCUUAUGUUUCUUCCAAGCAACCUAUUUUCGCCAUCAUCAGUAUCAUUCUGGCCGUGAUCGGAGAAUUGGGAAUCUUGAUGGUGGCGAUAUUCAAGACCGACACAUAUCAUAGUGUCCACAUGGCUAUGGUAGGUGUUUUCAUUUUCUUCGUUUUCUGGGCGUGUUUCUUCAAUUUCUUGAAUUCCUUCAUCUUUGGCAACUUCCCACAAAGGUUACAUCCAAAUCAUGAGCGUGUCAUUUUUGGCAAGCAUAAGUGGCUGAACCUCUACAUGGUUUCCUUCUUCGCCAAGCUUGUGUGGCUUAUAGCUGCCGUUGCUUUUGCUAUCGCUUUCGGUGUUUUAAUGAAAGAAGGUAAUGACACAUUGUCGGCUGUGUUUGAGUGGACCAUUUCUUUCUGGUACGGGGUUUUGCUUGUUUUCUGGUCAAUGGAUCUCUUUCCUUCUGCGGUGAAACAUUAUAGAAUACGUCAUCCCGAGAAGUAUGAUGAAAAGUUUGUUGACAACCAUAUGUCACCUUCUAUCCUAUCGAACUCUGGCCUGGCUGAUGGAGACCAUGAGUCCACUUUGCAAGGUUCCGGAUCAGCAUAG